CGCGCCAAUUCGUAUCUGAAUACGAAGACGUUGCGCUUCUCCGUUCUAUAGUCUUCACUACAAACCGGUCGAACAAUGAAAAUUCAAAAAUUCGUUAUAUUUUUUAUGGCUUCACUGACGAGGGGAGGAAUUUGGAUCAGAGAGCGGCGUUUGCUAGGGGUUGGUUGUUCGACCGCUUCGCGCGUGCGCACGUAGUUCGCGCCACUGCUACGUCGCUAGCAAGCCAGAUGUUCUGAAAAGCUUCCUGUCGCCGUUUCAAUGCUUCGCAUUUUUAUCUAUUAUUUAUUGUAAAAUGCGGACUAGGACCGUUUUAUUGUUUUCGUUUACUAGUGAAGAAAUCAGUGUAUAAAUGACCAUGUGUUUUGGACAAAUUGUGUUUAUUAACUGAAAAUUAUCGAGCGUCGAUGUCCACGAGUUCACUCGGGACCAACAAAGCGGCGGACAUUUUAUUUUGAGUACUCGAUAAUGUAGCGUUUGCGUCGAAAACAUUAAUGUCGUUUUAUGGUUACAAAUUGGAAUAUCGUUCGCUUACACCUUUUCGAUGCCGAGGGGGGUGAAGCGAGGGUCGGCGGAGGGCGAGGCCGAGGUGGUUGUUCGCGCCGGGGCGUCUCCGGCACACACCACGCUGCUGGACGACAGCCCCACGCAGCCCAUCAGCUAUCACCUGCUUGACCACGGCUAUGGUGCCACACCAAAGCACCAGAUCCGGCGCGAGGCGCCUACCGCACCGCCGAAGACGUCUGAAGCGGUGAAAAGAAGACUGAAUCUAAGCGAGAGCAGUUCCGGCAGCCAGGGUCACGUGGUGCCCAUGAAGGCUGACUUCAAGACGCCCAAACAGAAACGCGUCAAAGUGCUCACACCGUACAGUCGACCGUCCAGUUCUAUGAAAAAGUACACCGAACGUUCCAGGUUUGACACAUCAUUAGGUUUACUCACAAAAAAGUUCGUCGCAUUGCUAAAGUCAUCGCCUAACGGCGUUCUCGACUUGAACAUAGCGGCCGAACAUCUCUCGGUCCAAAAGCGUCGCAUAUACGACAUCACAAAUGUACUAGAGGGUAUAGGAAUAUUAGAGAAGAGAUCCAAAAACAACAUACAGUGGAAAUAUGGCGUGGGCGGGUGCGGCGGCGCGGGCGGCGCGGGCGGCGCGGGCGGCGUGUGCGCGGACGGGCGCGCGCGGCGCCUGCAGCGCGAGGUGGCGGCGCUGGGCGCGCGCGAGGCGCGCGUGGGGCGCGCGGUGGAGGUGGCCGAGCACGCGCUCAGCCGCCUCUCCGCCGAGCACGGCGCCAGCGCCUACAUCACCUACGCCGACCUGCGCUCCAUCGCGCACUUCCGCAACCAAACCGUCAUACCCAUCAAGGCGCCGCCCGAUACCAGGCUCAGUGUACCUCAUCCUGACGAAAAAGGUUACAUGAUACAUUUGAAAUCAAUGUCUGGUGAAAUCGAAGUCUACCUCUGUCCGAAAGAACGACCCGCGUCACCUCCCUCGUCAGGGUUGUUACCUUCCGACCCGUUACUGGAGGACAACAAGGCGUUGCUGGCGCCUCUCAUAGCCGAGAUGCAAGCGACGCCCUCCAGUAGUUCCAUCGCCGCCGACUACACGACGCCGGUGAAGCGUGAGUCGGCGGCGAGCACGAGCGGCGCGGGCGGCGGGGCGGGGCUGGUGGCGCUGUGCGCGGCGGGCGGCGCGGGCGGCGCGGGGGGCGCGGGCGGCGCGGGCGGCGCGGGGGGCGCGGGCGAGGUGCGGUGGUCGCGCGCGCUCGAGGUGCGCACGCCGUGCGUGACGGACCCGACGCUGCCGCUGGCGCCGAGCCUGGCGCCGAGCUUGGCGCCGAGCCCGGCGCGCCCGCUGCACGUCGUGCACACCACGCCGGACAGUGGUGCGCGCGGGCGCCUGCGCAACGCGCUCAUCGCCGACAGCGACGACUUCGCGCCCAUCAUGGGCGGCGGACGCUUCCAGCUGCAGACCGAGGACCAGGAGUCAGAAGCGCUGGAGCUGGAGCCGUUCCUGGCGCUGGAGCCGCCGAUGUCGGCGACGGACUACGGGUUCUCGCUCGACCACGACGAGGGCCUCUCGGAACUGUUCGACUUCGAGUUCAAGUGUUGUGCCGAGUGACGCGCGGUGACGCGCGAGUGAGGCGCGAGUGAACACACGUGGAAUAACGAACGCGACUCACCGACCUCGUUGUUGAGUGCAUCUUGAAGAACGUUUUUUAUGUAAAUUUUCGUACUCGAAACUGUGAACGCGAGGUGUAAAAUGAGUGUAUGCAACAUCUGUAAACGUCCCCUGUAGGUACAAAACUGGAUCUUUAAUUUUCUACGCGUAAUGUAUUAAACGGCUCAAUAGAUUUUUAACCUUUGUAAUUAUUCGUUUCGACUGUAGUACAUUUGUUUUACACGUUGCAAGAAAUCGGAUUAAGGGCGGGCAGAUUGUUGCGGGAAACAUUAUACGCGAGGUGUUGGUGCGAACUGCGUCUUACCAUCGAACAUUGUUCGUCAUUUUCUUUUAUCCAUAGGCACGUUUCUAUUGUUCCUAAGUGAGUAAACACACACAAAUUUACUUUUACACAUUGAUUUCCAGACGCCCGGAGUUUACCUUUGGUAAUUUUUUAUUUUCAUUAACUGCAUGGCAUAAUUAGCGCAAUGUUUCUGAUUCAUUUAUUAUUUGUUGUAAGUAUGUUACUGUGAACGUGUGGGACGUGAUGUGAAACUGAAAUUGAUGCAAUAUCGACGCCUGAUGGUUUUGGAUUGACAACGCAAAUUCAACGAGUCUUGAUCAAGUUUAAAGACGAUCAGGCAGGACUGGUGCUAAUUCUGCCAUCACUUUCAGUUCUACACCCCACGCUGGGAUAUUAGUGUGACCAUUGUUUUAUCGCACGGUUGACGUACAUUUCGUGAAAGCUAUCGUUCCUGUACAUUGUUAAUGUUAUCGUGGCUCGCGCCGCCGCGCGUGUCGCGAUACACGAGAAAGACUGUGUUGGGUCCAUCUCGGAUUGUCGUGUUCUUGACGUGAUGACCAAACUUUUAAUUAUAAUAAAAUUAUUUUGAUUUGUAAUACCUUAGGUAACUGUAAAGAGAUCUGUUUAAAUUGAGACGCUUUUUGUUGUGCUGGAAAUUAUCUGCACUAUGGAUUUCUUUAGACCCUUUACAAUACUAAAAAGUAAACUCCUAGGAUAUCGAUUUGAUAAUCUUUUAGAAGGUAUAAAUAAUACCCUCUACAAAAUACGCACAAGUUUUCCGACUUAAGUCUAGGCUACAAUAUGAAUCAAUUUGGAUACUCUAACCUGUAUCGAUAAAAGUUGUUUAUAUGUAUAUAGAAUCUGAGUUUGAAAUUUAAAAUAAUGUUUAUUGAGUAUGAAUUUAUAUAAUUAUAAAUCAUUUGUUGAUCUUUGCACGGAAAUGUGGUGACACGUCAAGCGACGAGAAUCAGGGAUUUGAGAUCAACAAUUGUUUAUAAAUUGGUUUGGAGUAGAGAAGCGAGGAGGGUGGAGUCCCGGCGCGGGCUGUACAGCGCGCGUGACGUCACUCCGCGCCGCCGCGCCGGGCGUGUACAUAUUACUAUGUAAUGAACGGUGAUAUUUUAGCGGCCUUCGAUUUUAAUUGUAAAGCUAGCUCUAGUGUUCCGUAUGUCAUACGAUCGUGCCGGGGGCUACAUUGCACACUGUUCCGUUGUCGUUUGCCAAAUAUUUAGUUAUUGAGUUUGAUUUAAGUUUGUGGGCUCGUUUAGCGAUUGUAAAUAUAUAGACGCGCGGGAACGGGCUCGCCGCGAACGUCCUGUGGAAGUCGACGCGACACUGCAACACGUUACUCCAGUUCGCGCGUUUCCGUUCUGUCGUAUUUUGAAUAGUGUACAGCACAAAUGUCAUUGUAUAAAAACCUAUUAAUAAGUGCAUAUCAAAAUAAUUUUAAUGUUAGAGUUAAUUUGGUGGCACGUGAGAGGUCUGAUUGUGAGAGGCGCGGGGUGGAGAUGAGUGGGCGGGCGGAACUUGUUUGCAAUAAUAGUGAACAACGCGAGUGCACGGCGCGUACCCACAAACCUUGUCGUUGUACCGUUUAACCUGACAUGAUCUCAGUGCGACGUCGAGUUUAAACAAUAUUAUGUCCGCCACAGAAUAUGUUGCGAUUCUGAUCGCUACUACCGUACACUGCGACAACGUCCCGCCAGGCAUCCAUAAUAGUAUUAAAAUAUGUUUUUUUUUUAUUUAUAAAUUAUAGAGUUUUUGUUUAGUUUUACAUUUGGUGAGAUCAUUUUAUUAGUCUACUUCAACGUGCAUGUAUAACAAUAUAAUAUACACUUUCACGAGAUGUGUAAAGCUUAACAACUCAAAUGAAAUGGAAUCUGUAAAAAUGAAUUUAUAAUAACAUUUUUCGUUACAGUAUGAUUAAUGAUUAAGUUGAUUUAUCGAGCUUUGAUAAGUGUUAUUUCUUUGUUUUAGUUCUUUUGAUAGAGCCGCGCGAGGCAGAAUCUGUUCGACUAGUUGUGAUCACGGAAGGGUCGUUCAGAUUUUGUUUCGAGUGGUAUUUUGUUUAUGUUGCUAUGUGAAAUUUCUAUAUGUGCGAACCCCCUGCUAUUCGCGGCGUCGUUUGGUUUUCUCCUGUUGGAUUAAUUUGUUUGGCAUGAAACAUUGACAGUGGCUGCAGGGUCUCGGGCGGUCCUGCUGGCGACAUUGAUCUUAAUUUCGAAAUGUAAUUAUUUGUGACACAAAUUCUGGGGCCAAAACAUACGAGAAAAAAGGGAGUACAAAUUAAUAAAAAAGAUUUCUCGUAAUUUAGUUUAAGGUUUUUACGCUACUUUCAUUGUUGAUAUCGAUCAUGUUUGUUUUAGCGAUGUGAAAUGUAAUCCUUAAUUUGUGAAAUGGAAUACCUGUGCAAGGCGCAUGUUUAUGUUAUGAAUUUAAUGCACGAUAUCAUUUUAUGCUGUUUUAACUUCCGACCAUCGAAAAAAUCACCGUAGGGAAAAGUUUUUAAGCAUCUGUGGCUGAUUAUUACUUGUUACAAUAAUUUUAAUAACUAAUAACGCACAUUUUUCCUUUACAUCACUUGUAUACUAACUACAUUUGAGUUGUUCCAGUUUUUGUAAUAAGAAGUGGCCACAGAUGCAAUAAUUAUUUUUUGCAGUUGUUCAACGGUUCAUUCAGUGUCUGCGAAAGCAUAUAGUGGUAAGAUAACCUCGAAAUUGUUACGCUUAUAAUAAUAACUGACAGUUAUGUAAUAUGCUUCAAAGUAACUUUACAAACAUUGUUGAAAUUAGUCAUGUAAUUCGGUCUCUGGAUCGACAGUUCGAUGCAACCGUCUGAAAUGUUACAACACAGUAUAUUGUUAGACUAUUAUGUUUUCCGGUUGUUGAUAAUAGCAGUUAUUGUUGUGUAACCGACAGUCAGUGUUCUCAAACAAGUUCGCAGAUGUAUAAAAAUAAGAAGUCCAAGAUUUAUAUUUCUAUGACAAUUAUGUAUAGAAGCGUUGUGACAUUAAAAUAUUUGAAUAUCGUCAAUUGUAAUUUGUAAUAAUAUAUUGUGUAAGGCGAGCGUGGAACUGUCGAUGCGGCGUCCGGCCAACUGUUACAACGAGUUUAGUCCGUACAUAUUGCGUCUGCGUGACGGUCCACAGGGUCCUAAUGUAGUUCCAUUCAGACAAUAUUGGUUGAUGUGACAUCGAGUCUCGACUCGUACCACACGCACACGCGAGCGCUGUGUCGUUAUUACGCUUCGGUCCGACGCGGGAUUCGUGAUUUUUGUAUCUUCGAGUAGAUGUACUUAUCGUUUCGUUGUGUUCGACACUAGAAUUACGCGAACGUUGUCAAUGAACGGGUUGUAUCCAAAAACGUUUUAAGUUUUGAUCGUAGGGACAGUAUACGUAGCGGUAUGUGAAAUGAAGGUGCAAUGUUUUAAGUAUGUAUUUAUAGUGUGCGUGGGAGAUAUCGAUACGCUUGUUUGCGCCAGAUGUUGUGGUGUGACGCCCUGUUUGGUUUCAAUUCAUUUGUGUUGGAAGACUGAGGUUGAUUAUUCCACUUUCCACGAACGUGCGAAUCAUUUGUUGAUUGAAUAUAAUAUAGUCAUAUAUAGUUAGGUUAUAUUUUUUAAUAAAUAUAAUAUUGAGGAUAUGUAAUAUAUUUUUGUCUUUGAUUUA